ACUUGGAAUUUGCAGGAUUAUGACAUUUCUGUGAAGUUAGACCGUAAUGCAUUUCUAGUCGAUAUAGUGAAAGAAAAGAUAGGGAGAGUUCUGAAGCUUGACUCCAUUAAAAAUGGCGAUGCAUGGAAAGGAUACGACAUGCUCAUCUUCAACACUUGGCACUGGUGGCUCCAUAAAGGAAGCAAACAACCAUGGGACUACAUUGAAGAAGGAAAUAACAUUCAGAAAGAUAUGGAUCGUUUGGUUGCUUUCAGAAAGGGACUCACCACUUGGUCAAAAUGGGUUGAUUCAUCCGUAAAUCCUUCCAUUACCAAAGUUUUCUUUCAGGGCAUUUCUCCUACCCAUUACAAUGGCCAAGAGUGGAAUGAAGGUAAGUCAGCAACCUGCAAGGGCCAAACUCAACCCAUUAAAGGUUCAACAUAUCCGGCAGGUCCACCGCAGGCGGCAGCCAUCGUGAAGGAAGUAUUGAGCAAAAUGUCGACGCCGGUGAGGUUGCUGGACGUAACAACACUCUCCCAAUUAAGAAAAGAUGGACAUCCUUCUGUGUAUGGACUCGAUGGCAAGAAGGGAAAUGACUGUAGCCAUUGGUGUCUUGCUGGUGUUCCUGAUACUUGGAAUGAGAUUUUAUAUGCAAUUCUAGUCACUGAUGCAAGAAAUGAAGCACAAGAAAAUUAAAAUUCUUUUAUCAACUACAAAAUCAAGAAUAGUGAAUUAAACUGUAAGGAAGAUCUGAAAUUAAGAAAUUAGUUCAAUGUAUUUGUAAUUGCAAUAUCGUUAUU